AUGAAUCAAUCCCUCACAUUGCCAUCCUCUACUCAACCAACAACAACACAGCAUCAACAAACAAAUAACAUGAUGAAACGAAGGAGGAGAGAACCCAUCAUGCUCGAUAGUACCAAUACUACUGCUUUGAAUAAUUCUUCCAUAACAAGUUGCUCCUUCUCUUUAUAUCAACCACAACAACAGCCUUCUUCUGCUCACUACGGCUCUUCUCCGUUUGAUAUAGCCACGACAGUUACUUCAUCCGUUUCAAUCAACAAUAAUAAUAACAGCAACAACCAUCCCCAUGGUAAUCAUCAUCCAACCACGACGAGGGAAGAAGAAUAUAUCAUGUUAUGCGAAAUGAAAAGUUAUAUGGAUGAAAAUUGUCGUAAAAUGUUACAAGAAUUUCUCGAGAUGAACGAACAAGAAUUGGAAAGAGAAAUGAAAAAACUAUGGGAUCCAUGA